GGUCCUUUGCCAGCCCAAUCGGAAGCCCAAGAAUAAUUUAGAUCAAUUAGUUCUCUCCCCGUCCUAUUUCUUCUCUCUGAAUCUCUCACUAGCUAUUGAUUCCGAUUCACAAUUCACAAAUAUGGCGGAGAGAGACGAAGCCAAGCAGAAGCAAACCCUAAUCUUCACGUACGGAACGCUGAAGCAGGGCUUUGCCAACCACGGCCUAAUGCAGGACCUGAUCUCCUCGAACGAUGCUGCCUUCCUCGGCCGCUACGCCACCGUCGACCCCCUCCCCCUUGUUUGCGGCCCGCAAAGCGUGCCCUUCCUCCUCAAUCUCCCCGGAUCGGGGAGCCACCGGGUCCGCGGCGAGCUCUACUCCGUCUCCGACGCCGGCCUGGUCCGCCUAGACCACCUCGAGGGCAUCUCCCUAGGCCAUUACGAGUGCCUCCCCGUUCAGCUCCUCCCCGAUGGCGCGGAGGCAGUCGGGGUGGCGGCGGAGGCCUACUACGCUCACAGGAGCUUCGCGAAAAUGCUGUGGCUGAGGGCGGGCCAGGUCGGGUUCAGCGAGUAUUCGGAGAAGGAGAGCGCCGGGUACGUGAAGAAAGAGCUGAGGUCCAAGGAUAGGAGUUUUCUGGAGGAGAUUCGACUGUUCGUUUCUGCUUCGUCUUCGUCUUCCUCGAUGUGAUGGAGAACAUGUAUGUCGCUGGCCUGAUCUGAUCGAGGAAUACUUCCAAGGGCAAAAGCAUCGUUUCAUAUGCAUACAAUUCAAUUUGCGGCUAUAUAUAUAUUUAAUUCUUGAGUUAAUUCUUUGUUUAUGUUUGUUGCCAUUUAUCAGGAACCUUUACUUCUUU